UAGCAGUUGUUGUUGUUGUGCUUGUUAUUGUGCCGCGCGCAUUGCUGAAAGUGAAGUAAAAAAUAAAACAAAAUACAAUUGAGCAGCAUUUCUUUGUUUGUCUGCCCUUAACGCACGCUUCUAGCAGCUCUCUCUAUGUCUGAUGCUCGUUCUUCUUAGUGGAUUUCUUUAAAAGCAACAACCAAUACUUCAACCAAGCACUUUCAACAAAAACUUUGCUUCAACAACGCACCAAAAAAACAGCCGCAACUUUCAACGAAUUCAUUUACUGAGAAAACAGCAACCGCAAGUGCAUUAAACGACUACAGGCCACGCCCUACGCCUCUCUCUAACACACACACUUCAAUCGACGCCCAUAAAAGCGCAACAAAAUGGCGGCGUUCAUAGCGAAACAAAUGGUUGGAAACCAAUUAAGUGCCGUUAAAGAUGCUGCAGGCGGCGGAGGUGAUGGUGGCGAUGAUGGUGACGAUAAGGAAAAGGCAGAGGAGGAGGAGAGAGAGCGCCAGGAGGCCAUACGUGAGGCCGAAGAGCGGCGCAAGGAGAAGCAUAGAAAAAUGGAGGAGGAGCGCGAGAAAAUGCGACAGGACAUACGCGAUAAGUAUAACAUCAAGAAGAAGGAGGAAAUCGUUGAGGCCGCACCGCAAGAGGAGCCCAAUCCGCUGAUGCGAAAAAAGAAAACGCCCGAGGAGUUGGCCGCCGAGGCCGAGCAAGAGGAGCUCGAUGAUUUUACAAAACUGAAAAAUCAAAUAGAAACGCAAGUAAAUGAGCUAAAAACUCAGAUAGAGGGAAAAUGUGUCAUGCAGUGAUAUGUCAGUCAUCAAAAUAAUAUAAUAACCUGUUUAACAAUGAAUACAUAAUAAUUACUAUAAUAAUACAAGCAAGCAAGCAAAAUGACAUAAAUCUUCAAUUUGUUGUUACUAGUUAUGAAAUAUACACAUAUUGCGUUCAUUCGGUAUCAUAAAAACGAAAACAAAACAAAAAUCUCUAACAAAAAUAAUAAUUCGUAUAACAUUUACAAAUCGGCUGAGUUUACCACAUAUAUAAACCUAAUAAAUAUGACUCCGAUUAAAAUACCUAAAUUGUAAUAAUAACAAAAAAAAAAAUGAUGAAAGGCUGCGGCAUCAGAAGCAAGGCGGAAUAACCCCUAAACAAAAGCAAAUACAUAUAUAUAUAAUUCAAUAUAUAAAUCGAUAUAUAUAUAUGGGAAACAGGACGGUGAAAUCCUAUUGAAUUUUAAAAGUAGUUAAAGCAUAAACCGAAUUAUGUAUAAACGAAUUAUAGUAAACGCCUUUAAUAAUAUUCAAAUCACACUUUUGCUUCGAUGAUAAUGUAAUAUACUCAAAUGCCCCAAAAGAAACAUAUAUAUAAAUAAUAAAACUACAUUCUAAAAACUAAUAACUAAAUAAUAAUAAUAAAAGCCGUUGUUUAGUUGAUAGCAUUAUGAAAAUUAAAACCCCAAAAAAAAAACCAAAAAAAACAAAAAAAAUAAUUCGAUAUAGAAUUCGAAAUUGCGAAUAGUGCGACAGAUACAGAUACAGAGAAACACAAACCGAGAGAUAAUGGAGGUUGCUGAAUCAUGUCGAACCGUCGAAAAAUACAUAAGUUGCUGAAAUCUUUUUGGACUUUAUUAACAUAACACUCAUACAACAUAUUAGAGAUUCUCGACACAUGGAGCUGUUAUUAUACUAUAUAAUGCAAUGGAUAUAAUUUGACAUAUGAUAUUGUUUUGUUGACAUAUUGUUAAAUUCGAUUUAAGUGUAAAAUUUCGCUACAUAAACAAACAAAAAAUUGACUGCAGAACUCAUCGCUGGUACUCCAAAUGAUUUCUAAAUACAUAUAUGCAUACAAACUAAACAGUUAUACAAUGUAUAUAUAAUAUAUGGGUAUUUAUGAGCGUUUGUUUCCGCAUAAAUCAAAAACCUACAACUCAAGAGAACUAUUCUUUAACAAGCUGUAAUAUUUCGUUUCUUUCCUAACAUCAAAAAAAAAUACAAUACACACCACAAUUGAGACAUUCUAAGCUAUUUGAGAAACUUACUGAACAUACUGAUUGAUGCUUCUGAAAUACAUACGUAAUCUCGGUGUUUUAUAUAUCAUCUACAAACGAACCCACAGCACAAGCAAAACUACAACAACAACAAC